GGGAGUUGUAGUCCGCGGCGCCGCGAGCGCCAUGGCUGCGGCGCCCGGCGGGACUCUCCUUCCCAGCGCGCCCCGCGGAGCCGCGGAAGGCUCGGGGGAGCUGGCCCGGGCCGCCGCGCCUGGAGGGGGGCACGGAGCUGGGAAGGUCCGCGGGGUGCCGGGAGCCAACGAAUCAUCUCAGCACCUAAAUGAGGCAUUAAGUCUGAUCUCUUGCUGUCUGUCUGAAACUUCGCCAGGGAACACUUAACAGAAAUGGCAGAAAAGGUGAAUAACUUCCCACCGCUCCCCAAGUUUAUCCCCCUGAAGCCAUGUUUCUACCAGAAUUUCGCAGAUGAGAUACCCAUCGAUUAUCAGGCCCUGGUGAAAAGAAUCUACCACGUAUGGAUCUUUUACUGCAUCACGCUAGCAGUGAAUAUAAUUGCGUGCCUGGCCUGGUGGAUCGGAGGAGGCUCUGGGGUCAAUUUUGGCUUGGCCAUCCUCUGGUUUAUUCUCUUCAGUCCCUGCGGCUACGUCUGCUGGUUCCGACCGGCGUACAAAGCCUUUCGGUCGGACAGCUCAUUUAAUUUUAUGGCUUUUUUCUUCAUCUUCGGCGCACAGUUUGUUCUCACAGUCCUGCAGGCGAUCGGUUUCUCUGGAUGGGGAGCUUGCGGAUGGUUGGCAGCAAUUACUUUCUUUAGCACCAACGUUGCAUCUGCUGUGUUCAUGCUGUUUCCUGCCAUCAUGUUUACAGUGUCAGCGGUCACAAUGCUCAUCUGCAUUUUAAGGGUUCACAAGAUCUACCGAGGGGCUGGUGGAAGCUUUCAGAAAGCUCAGGAUGAGUGGAACAGCGGUGCAUGGAGGAACCCCCCCAGCAGGGAGGCCCAGUACAGCAAUUUUUCUGGGAACAGCCUGCCAGAGUAUCCCACAGUGCCCAACUAUCCCCCGGGAAACCAAUGGCCUUAAGCAGCAACAGCUGCAAAUUGCCUGGAUUCUCUUCUUUUUUGGUCCUUUUAUUAUUGUUAUUUGAAAAGAUCAUUUGCAUUCCCCUACACGUACCCCAGUCUUCUUGGGGACUUUCUUGUUUUUUGUCUCCUCGUCACUGCAGAAGAUAUGUGCUGUCAGCCCACGCCACCUCGGGAGCUCUGCACGGCCUUACCAGAGAGAGAGUUUUUUGUUUGUUUGUGUUGUUACCAGUAUUUGCCUUGCUGCAGACUGAGGAACCAACCGUUCACUGCCCUUGCUUGAGGAGUGCUCUCAUGACCACAUGUGAAGAAGGCUGGCUUCCCCGUGACGGUGAACACUACCAGAAUUGCUCCUUCUCCUGCCUCCCCGCUUAGUUCCCAUCACAUGCACAGCACACCGCCGAAUCGUCCGUAGUUGUAACAAACACAAUCAGAGCAUUAGUAGCAAACGGUGUUUGCUCUCCCGGAUGAAUGAUCUGGAAUUUUUCACUCUAAGGGAAAUGCAACACCUGAAUUAUCUGGUACUAGUGAUAUUGAAGGUAUCUGUAAAAUCUACAGCCUCAUUUGCUUGCAAUCUCUGGUGAAGAAUCCUUUAGAUACCAGCGCUUGCUGCGGGUGAGUGUUGUUCAGAUACUAAGUCCACAAGAGUCCUCAUUUGCCUGGCUAGAACUAUUGUUAUGAUAGAAGUCUUGCUUUCCCUGCCUCCAAAAGUUUUUGCUAGAUCUGUGUGCUGCAGAGAUGCAGAUUCAUCUAAUUGUGUUACUGAUUGCUCACAAAAAGCCUGAUUCAAAGCCCACUGGAAACGAUUGAAAAGCUGACUGCUGUUGGGCUUUGGACCUGGCUGCCUGGGUGACGUUCACCCCUUUCCAGGCAGGCAGCACGAGAUCUCUGUGCCAUCUCAAUUCCAGGUACGUGGCGUCAGGAUUUUUGUGCUGACCCAAUACAUGCCGUACUGGACACGCCUUGUCCUGUUGGGACACCUUUUUUUUCUGGGCUCCUCGCCAGUAGCUGGGUGCCAGCUAACUAUUGAUCUCAGUGCUGGGGCCCCAGUGUGGUUUGGGAGUAAUUCCAUUACAACUGAGAAAUUGAAUUCUGCCUUCUACCGACGCAGUCAGAAUCCAACCGUUCUGCAGUGAGUUGUCUCAGAAAGCUCGUUAGUCCUCGUAGCUGACGCUAGCUGUGCAGAGCUGGAAUGUGUCUGCGUCGCCAGCAGUGAUUUCCUUCCCUGUACGAGCAGGCGGAGAGACGCUCUUGCCUUUCCCCAGGAAUCAGCUGAAGAGAGGAUAAAGCUGUUGGGUGGGGAUGUUUCCCCUGAGAGCUAGCAUUUGGUCUCAUCACUCAUCUUCAUCUCAUGCAUGUACAUCAGGACUCCUGGAGCCUGAGCCAUCCCAUUCCCCUGUGUCCUAAAACGAUCCAAGCAGCAAAGGCUGCAGUCUUUUCCUUUCCUUCAACAGCCUGCUAUGAACUUUCUCAGACCUGUUAAAACUGGGAGGUCAGUUCCCAAUAUUUGUAGAGUUGAGUGUUCAAUGGUUGCAGCUCUGGGAAUUUCAAUGGACAGUGAAGGACAGAGUGCUCCAGUCUGGAGACUUGAGAGGUGUGGGGCACCCUGAGAGUCAGGCCCAAAGCCUGGCCAGUUGUAGGAGGUGACGCCAGAGGUGUUACACUGGAAGUGGAGUCACUCCACGUCCACACUAAAUAACUGGAAAGCAAAAUUGGCUCCUGGAAAGGGACAGGGAGGUUGUCCUUGCUAGGUGGAACUGAUUUGCAAGUGAUCUUUUGAAAACUGUCUCUACACGUGCCUUAUCUAAUAAAACAUUAGUCCAUGAAGGAGAACUUUUCCUUCCCCAUCCCCCCGGCAAAACUUCCCAUUCCCUCUCUUAACUUUUCCCGUGUCAUCCUGUAAAUACUAAGUGAAGUACAGCUUGGAGUCUGCAUGACACCUUUGUUACUAGGGCCAAAGCAAAAGCAAACAUUAAUGGGAGGUCAGAGCCUCCUCGAACUUCAGUUUACAAGCAACACUGACCCCCUGCUGCAGAGCCAGCCUUUUGCUGGCUCUGCCUCCUGCUCCAAACACAAGGUGUUUUGUUUUUUUUUUUCUUGCGAAUGUGCAAUGUGCUUCGAAGUACAAAUGCUUGAUGCCUUCUUAAUAGAAUACGACCCGGUCGUGUUGUCAAGCUUUUAGGUGCCUUUGUCUUGUGUCAAGUGAAAUUUUAAGUGUUCUUUGUUGCUUGCUAUCAGAGAGUGAUAAAAGAACUGCCUGUCGAUGAACUCCCUGGAAAUACGAUUGCACAGCGGGGGAGCGAGGUGAGGUGAACGGGGCCGCACUCGAGGGUGGCCGUGCUUGGGGGGCCCAGACACAGGGUACCCAUGCAAUGCUCUCCUCUGGCUCUGACCCCUGCCAUCCUCAGCCUUUUGCCAAUUUUUUUUCAGCAGUAAUUGUAGUCUUUCUUUUUUUAGUGUUUCAGGUUGGAGAUUUCAGUUGAACCAAGAGGAGAAGCGUUGCCAGGGGACUCUUGAGUCUGGCUUCUCUUUUUCCCCUUGGAUAACCCGGGGGUCUCUUUUACAGCACCCAUGCUCACAUUUCCAACCUUCUUGAUGGGUGUGUACUUAGCAGCCUGCAAACCAAAAUGGUUGGAGGCAGACAGCAGUAUCAUGAUCCAUUAGCAAACACUGCCUGAGAUUUCCUAAGAGCUUAAAUGAAACCUCCCUGGACGGGAGCUGCCAUCUCCAAACACAUCGCCCCCCUCCAUCCUCUUAGAUGCCAGAAACCGUAAUUCCAGAAAGUUGACUCAACGCGCUGCCUGAACUGCUGUGGCUUUUUUUUUUCCGACUCCUCUGUAUGUUUUUUAAUGUUUACAUUAGAUUCCUAAGAUUCUUUAACACCAUUAACCUGGACCUGGCUCCCGGUUUCGUUCGGCAUCAUGCGGCAUGUACGUGUGCGAUGUUCCGUGUCACUUGUGGGGCUCUGGUUUUUGUUUGUGUUUUUCUUCUGAUCACAAGACAAUAAAUGCUCAUCCUGCACUUGAUGAGAAGAACUGCCUGCA